UACAGUCAAUGGCGGAACCAAAACAAGAGAAGCCAAGGGGAUUACGACUCGUUGCCACUACUAUUUUAACUUUGAUGGCGAAACAUCCUGAGUUAUGUUUCGGAAUUUUUGUGAUAAUCACAUCCAUAAUUUCUAAUUACAGUUCAAGUGUCCUUGAAAAAAAUGUAUUGCAUCCCCCCAAACACCCCAAACCAUUUUUCCCUCCCGGGUCGUCAGUUUUGGAUUACCCCUGGGGUGACUUAAUGCCGGUGGCAGACCUUUUGAUAAAGAAGGAACUACUUGUUGUCCUGUAUUAUGCCCCUUGGUGUGAUGAGUCGAUGCGAACAAGAGCAGAGUACUCAAAAGCAGCAAGGUUCCUGCAGGAUAAAGUACCAUUUGUAGCUAUCAACUGUUGGUGGCCUCAGGGGGCAUGCAAGACCAACUACAAGUUCCACAGAUAUCCUGAGAUCUUUGUUUAUCAUACCACCAUUGAUGGAAUUCGUUACACAGGUCCUAUAUUAGCGGAAUACAUUAUCCGGUUUGUGGAAGAUCUGAUGUAUCCCCUGACCUUUCUGUACUCAGAAGAUAUGAUUCUGAAUUUUGUUUCAAAACAAGAUAAUUCCCUCAUUGGAUUUUUUGAAUUCAAUUCCUCACCACAACCACCAGGAUUUAUACAGUUUUACUACGCAGCAAUCAGAUUGCUGGAAAAAAACCCACUCCAGCCAAUCAGAUGUGGUGUUAUAACCCAGCGGUUCUUGGCUGAUGAGCUGGGUUUGAAAGAUACAGGGGAGAUAAUUAUGAUUAGAACCUUUAAUGAAUCACUUCUGUAUCCCAGGACCAGUAAUCUAACCAGUACCAAUAUAUGGAAGUGGGCGCUUCUUCACAAAGAACAGCCUAUAGUCCAGUGGCUGAAUUUGCCUGGACACAAAAGUCUGGAACUGUCCACUGCCAUCGAUAAGGGGCCAGCAUUACUGGUGUUUGCUCCUGUUAAUCAUGUGCACACUACCAACUACUACAUGAAUAUGGUGAGAGAAGUAGGCCUGCUGUACCAUUAUUGUCAUGAGGUACCCUACCUGGAGUUCUUCUUAAGACAGAGCAUGAGGGACAGAGCCCAUGUUUUCCAGAGUUACGCAGACCAACUGAACCUGUGUAAAAACUUCUACGACGUUCAGGAAAAGCAGUUUUCUUAUCCCGACAGAAACUGCUGUGUGUCGCUUGUAGGUGCCGACAACAACCUACACAAUUCCAAGAAAAUCUGUGAUUUCUGUCGAUACAUGGAGAAGAAAUUGACUCCCGCUUCACCCCAGUCUUGUAACCUGGGGCCAUCUUUGUUGUUUGCAGAGGAAGCAGUGUUUGGGAGCCACAUUCAGGCUCCAUUCUGUUUAGACGCUUUAGAAAAUUAUAAUACCAAUGAGUACAGGACGUUGUGUUGCAGAGAAUGCAAAAUAGAUAUUUCUUAUAAAUCUUGUGCUUCCAUUUCUUCAAGAAGGAGCAAUGACAAUUUUGUUCGCCAAAGUAGCUCCUCGCUGAAGAAAAAUAUAUGUGGGAAAUUGACGCUUCAAAAAACUCAGAAUCUAUUAAAACCAAGUCAGUUUAUUCGAGACUUUGAGGCCAGUUUUAUCCCCGUGAACUUUACGGGUUCUGCUUGCAGGACAAACAGAACCAUUAGUCUAUUUUUCCUAGAUACUUCAUUAAAUACAGCUUUACUAAAGAGACUUAAUGUUCUCAGAUCUGUUAAUAUACAGAAGCCUUUUGUGAUAAUUAUAGAUAAAAAGAAUGAAGCAAAUUAUAUUCUCAGGGAGUCUUUCUCUAGAAAAAACCUAGCAAAUUUUAUACAGAAUUAUACAGAAAGUGCAUUAGAGCGCCACCUGCGUUCAGAAAGUCCCAAGCAGCGCUGUGAUACGAGGUCACAUGACGCUAUCUGUGUACAGGAAGUUACUUCCCAGACAUUCCAUUCUGUCAUCAUGCAGAAAGAAAAAGAUGUAGUAUUACUUAUCACAGCUAAGUGGUGUGGAUUUUGUAUCAGUUUUUCACACAUUUACCUCCAGUUAGCAAAAUAUUUCUCCUCAGCCAAAGAUCUCCUGUUUGCAAGAAUCGAUGCAGAUAAGAACGAUCUCAGGUGGGAGUUUACCUUGGAUUCGUAUCCCACAAUUCUCUUCUUCCCUGCACACAGGAAGGAGGACAGUGUGAUAUUUCCAUCCAGUGUCUCUAAGACAUUUCCCAACCUGAUCAAGUUCAUUUUAUCUCAUGCCACCAGUGAAGUCAAAACAGACACAGUGGUGGACCUCUGCAGCAGAAAAUGUGUCAAUCACAACAGGAGGCGGGUUGUACUUGUCAUGACGCACCUCAGAGCGAGGUACCGCAAUAUCAAAAGGAGGUUCAACCACCUGCUCCAGAGGAGAGCCCAGGGGAGGGGGGUGACAGAGGGGGCCCUGAGGUCUCUGUGGGUGAGGUACAGGGCGGUACAGAGGAAGGUCUGGAAAGCUAGUCUUCUUCAGAAACUGUUGUUUUCUCACACACAUGAGAAGCUGUCUCAGUCAGUGCUGAAGAAACAUUUUGUAGACAUUCUGAAAGACAGGGACUUGAAGCAAGAUCCACGAGUAAAACAUGAUGAGUUAUGAUUGUAAUGUUCUUAUAGGUAUAUGGUUUUUGUCAGUUGAUUAUCUGGUAUCUUUUAAUUUCUACAAAUACAUCCACAAUUUGCAAGAUUUUUUUAAAAUGCUAUUGAUUUUGAAUGUAUUUACAAACUGUCAGUAGGCCUAGGAUAAGAAAAACUAAAUCCAUAUUUUUUAGUAGGUCAAUUCAAACACAAGAAAAAAAAUUUUGUUCACAACUCGCAAUAAAGUGUGUGCACUGUAGCCAUAUUUUCCUUUCAUUAAGAAAGAGCAGACAUUGCUCAUGGUGUAAAGGAAGGUUGGAUUUUAGCAAAUAAACUAUUACAAUCUUUGUUAAUUUAAAAAUAUUUUAUCUAUUUUUUUUAUGUGAGUAUGUUUUGAUAUACCUGUAUGUGUUUAUGAAUUAAUUUUGUUCAUUUUGUGUAAAUGCUGUUGACUUUGAAUAUUGUACAACAUACUGUAAGUGCUUGUAAUAUAUGUACCUAUGUAUUCAAAACAAAAGUGUCAUUUGCAGUGUGGCACUGAUAUUUAUAGACCAUAGUUUUCCAAAUCCAUAUAUUGCCAACAAAUUCUCUUUUUUGCACACAUUGGUGAUAUUGGGGGAACUAAUGUAAUGCCGCCUGCAUCACAUGAGAAACUUGGAAUAGGUUUCUUAAAUCAAAAACAAUGGGCAACACAUUUUGUAAGUAUUAUUCUACCAAUCAGGUUUCAGCAUCUGAAUUUUUGCCAAAAAAAUCUCCCAAAAAUAAUUUUUGGACCUGAGGUUAAUUUUCAAGUUUUUUGAGGAGGUUCGUUUUUCAAGUAACACAAUGUAUUGGUGAAAAAUGGAUGAUACAUGUUCAUUUACCUAUAUUCACACUUCAGACUUGGUUUGGAUGCUGAAUCUUACAUUCUACAGGUGUUGAAACAGAAAAAAAAAUAUUAGCAAGUCAAUUCCCAAGUAACUGAAUAUCUUACUCAGAUCAAACUUACACAAAUGUGCAUUAAAGAAUUCACACAAUCAUUCAUUGUGGGACUUUGCCAUACUUAAAGACAACAUCUUUCAAUUGGUUAGUUAUAAAUUUUAAUUUUGUACAACUUCUUUCUUUAUUUUGAUAUUGAAGGAAUUUGGUUUUCAAUCAAAAUUUAGAAUACUUAUUUUAAAGAAACAAGUUUAUUUACAAAGUAGUUGUCUGUAAUAUUAGCCAUAUUUUUAUAUUUUCAUUUUCAAUUGAACUAUUUAUUUUUCAUGCCAAAUUUCCCUCUAAAGCCAUAAAAUUUGCAACGAAUUUAAUUUUUGUGAGUACUAUAUGACAUGGACACACUAAAUUAAUGAAAAUAAGUCAAUAUAAGUGACCUUGCAUCAUUUCAUGUACUGUGGUCAUUUAGUCCAUACACUGAGGUCACAAAAGUAUCUAUCUCUAGAUAGCACAGUAGGCAUAUCUCAAAUUUUCAUAUUUUUUUCUUCUUUGAAGUGUUAUAUAGAGUUCUGUUUUCCUGUUGAAACCAAUUUUUCCUCUGACUAUAAAGUCAUACCCCCUCCCCCUAUGAAUGUGUAAAGUUCAAUUCAGUUUUGUUUUCUUACUUUUAUUUUUUUUUAAAUUUAUCUUGACUAAAAAUGAAAUUAAAGAAAAAUUGCCAAUAUAUAUCCAAAUCAUCAGAAUAUUGCUUCCCAAGCUUCUGUAUUUACUGCCAAAUAAUUAGUUGUUAAUCAAACAUGUAUAAAGCCAAACAAAUAUGUUGUUGAGUUUUUCUGUUAUGUAUAUAAACAUGUAGCCUGUUUGAUGUCUUGAAUAUCGUACUAUGUUAUUCCCAUGAUUUAUGUAUACCCAUUGGUGUUAUUAUAAGUUCUUGUGAUGCUUAUAUAAGUUCAGGUUGCACUAUUGCAAGUAAGAUUUGUUAUUAUGAAAGUCGUUAUCAAGUAUUGGUUUGUCAUCAAAUCAUAAUUAUUGUAAAAGAAUAUUUGGUUGAAAAAGAAAAAAUAAAGUUAUGGCAGUGUUACAAUGCAAUUCUGAAAAAUUAAGUAUUAGAACUGUAUCAGUGAAUCUUCCUUAUCAAUUGUAACAAUCAAAUCAUCUCUACAAAUUCUUUGUAAACUUUGGGUUUUUCUGAUUUCUUCAUAAUUUAGAAAUUGAUAAAGAAAUUACCAGAUAUACAUAUAUGAUGAAUGUGCAAACCAGAAAUGUAUGCAAAAUGAAUAUGUGAAGUAAAAUCUUUAAAUGGAGAGUAUAUAUUUAUUUUGAACGUAUAUCUGUUAGUAGGCUAGUCAUUCUGUUUUAUUACUUUCUGAUUAAAUUAAUAAUGGGUAAUAAUUAUUUUUGUUAGAUCAUCUAUUUGCUUUAAAAGAUGUUCAUUUUGCUUUUGAUUUACUGUAGAUUUUUAGUGCAAUAUUAUAAUCCAUUAAUUAACAUAUUUGAUCAAACAAGACCCCUUUCAUUUCAUAUUACAUUCUUAGAUAUUAAAUGUACAUGUAUAAUUAAUAUGUUUGAUUUUAUUUAUAAUAAUGCAGUAGAUAUUUCACAAUUUAUUUUAAAAAUGAUAAUCACUUGAAGAUGAUUGUUUUGAAAAAAAAUGUAACAUGGUAAUAUUUUUCUGUUAUAAGAUAUAUAUUAUUUAUGAUUUUUUUUAGUUUCAUUAACACAAAGUAGAAAAGGUGAUGGGUUUCAACCCAAUAUAAAAUUAAUUUUAUUGAGCUAAAAAAAUUGGUAAGACCUGCAAUGAACUCUUGAAUUUAUUUAAAUCAAGUUAAUUGAUGCAUUUGAAUGAAAUGUUAAUAAAUAUUGAAUCUAAA